AUGACCGACCAUGGGAGGCGAAAGACGGAUGUCAUUUGCCCUUACUGCUGUUGCACCUUAUCAAGUGCAACUGUUUUAGCUGACAGUCAAUGGAUGAACCACGUUAUUCACGACCUCAAUCCUUAUGUGGCCGUAUUAUCAAACAGAAGCAAUCGAUCAUCUGGGCCUCUCUUUCAAUCAUGCCCUCUUUGUGGACAGGAUCAGGUCGAGUCUAGUAUGGAGGCUCAUGUUGCAGAUCAUCUUGAAUAUCUCGCCUUGAAUUCUUUUCUCUCCGAGGACCCGAAGAGCGAAGACUUCAAUGCGCGCACGCACGCCCAUCCUUCCGGUCAAUCCCUCCGAUGCCCCUUCGUGACCUGCGAAUCCCGCAAAUAUGGGUAUUCACGAGAGAGGGACUGGAUCCAUCAUAUUUUCGCCCAUUCCGGACUUGGAAGCAAUAUAAGCUGCGGCUUCUGUCCGAAGCCUCAUGGCAGGCUGGACCGCUUUGAUUCAAUAUAUGAUUUGAAGCACCACCUGGUUGCCUUUCAUGGAGUCACAAAACCAUCGGGUUAUUCACACAAGAGUCAGCAGCCGGGCGCAACAUCCUCUGCCUCGGCCUGUGCUAGAACGACACACUCUGCUACACAUGACAGCAAUGUGACGGGCAUGUGCUACGUCUGCUCCGUGUGUUUCGACAAUGCUCAGGCCUUAUACCAGCACUUAGAUGAUUGUGUGAUACGGGCUGUACAUCAGGAGGCGCAACAUGAGCAAGAGAUUAUACAAAGACGGGAGACAAGGCCACAUUUUCUUUCUACAAUUCCCUGGAACUCUUAAGAUGUCAAAG